AUGUCAGACGAUCUCCAGCUCACCAAGGUCGAUUCCGCCAUCGCUGGCUUGUCGAUAGACGAGAAAGCGCCAGCCAAGACCGAGAAGGAAGUCAAGACGCAUCAUCAUCAUCACCAUAAGCGGACAACAUCAAAAUCCGAAGGGGUAUGGAAUAUCAAGGACCUAGAAACACAAAAGAUCGACCUUGUCAUCCCGAUCGAGACGCAAAAGACUGGAUGGAAACUUAAUACCUCGCCAUCAAGCAUCGAAGACAAGGACAUACUCAAGCUGCACCUCGUCACGCCUCCGGUUAAGAAGAUUGAUCUGAAGUUCCCUCUUGGCCUCGAAGUCACUGCCCGGAAUCUCAAGGGCGUCACAAUCAAGGAUGCGCUGGACGCAAUCCACAAGCAGUUCAAGAAGAAGGAUGAUGACGAAUUAGGAGACAAGCCCUACCUCGCUGGCUUCGAGUGGGACAAGGAGGAGUGCUGGACAUGCCUCAUUGUACACCAGAAGAAGGAGCACGUUGCCUCACAGCCAAGUAAGAAGUCCAAGAAGAAGAAGGGCGAAGACGCAUAA